AUGACAGAAAAGCUCGACGUUGAUUCCGCCAAAGAUACACCUCGAUUUUACCUAGAUGGAGAUAUCUAUCCCUUCGCAUGGAAUCGUGUCACGAAUGCCGACCCAGUAGACACAAGCGGUUUACCAUCUCUCGAUUAUGCUCUUCAUCUAUUCCAAAUCGUUCAGUUCCACCUCGGUCAGGCAUACAGAUUCUUCGAUCAUGAUUCGUUCGUCGCUCGAAUUCGUCAAUUCUACAAUAGUCGCUCAGAUGGAAAGGCUGCUGAACCUCGCUUCUGGUUCGUUCAGUUCCUUAUGGUGCUGGCCCUCGGUAAUGCUUUUCUUUCGAGGCCACGCAAUCAGAAAGACCCUCCUGGCGCAAAAUUCUUUGCACGUGCCAUGGCUGCGAUGCCAAACUAUACGAGUACUGGGAAGGAUAGUCUUCUAGCAAUCGAGGCCCUGGCAUUGGUCGGUCUGUACUUGUAUGCUAUCGACCAUAGAGAAGCAGCUCAUGUUCACGUUGGCCAUGCGAUACGAAUUGCGCAGUUGGAAGGAAUGCAUACGCAGCUUCCGGAAGAAGUCCUUGGGGCUGCGACAGUUGCCCGGUGUCGCAAUCUGUGGUGGUCUUUGUACACCAUGGAUCGCCAUUUUUCGCCAUCUUUGGGACUUCCGAUGACAACCAAAGACAGUGAAAUUACCACGCUGAUCAGCUCCCCAAGCUCCAGUCCGAGAGAUCUUACAUUUAGUCUUCAAGUGAGGAUCACGCGGAUGCAUUCAUUCAUUAUUGGUACUAUAUACAAAACGGAAAAGACUCCACUUGGUACUUUCCUAGAGAUAACUCGGAGCAUCCUAGAGACUAUGGCUAGGUACGCCGAGGAAAUCGAGAAGAUGAUCCAUGUCAGCUUUCAGGGCUCUAUAGACAAUGUGUCCGAGGAAACACGUCACACAAUAUUAUUGUAUCAUCAAUGUGUUAUCGUUGCCACUAGGCCGCUAUUACUCUCCGUCCUCAAGGAGCGACUUGAAAAGCUUGGUCGGGCAGAAGAGGACUGGCAGAAAUUUCUGGCCCUUCCCAUAUCCUUGAUAUCCAUUGGCAUCAAAUCAGCUGAGAAAACGCUUCAAAUAAUUGGUGAUGAGAAUGGCCUUCUUGAAACAUUCCUACCUUUUGAUCUUGAGUUGACAUAUGCAGCUGCUCUACACUUAACCAUGGCCAAUGCGCUCUUCCCUCCCAAUACAGACAACCAGUCAUAUGGCCAUGUGGCGCAUUCAAUUCUUGACGAAAUGAUUCUCUCCGGCAACCGGGUUGCGGAAGCACGAAAGCGAGAGUUAAUUCGUAUCGAGGGCUUAUUCCAGGAACUGGCCAGACGAGUUGAGCAAGAAGGCCUUCGAAUUUUGACAUUAGCGGAUCAAGGUCUCACAGAUCUUGCUCCUCUGAAUAUUCCUGACGAGUCUCAAUCGGGAGAAAGACCCGUUGCAGAGCCAGCGAUGGGUUUCCAGUCUUCUGUUCAAGACAAUCGACCAUCUUCUGCAGGCUCAUUUGCUCCAGCCAACAUUGAGUUCCUUGAUAGUAUUGGGAUCUCUUCCAAUGAGUUUCUUUCUAUCGUCGAUCAGAUCAACAAUCCAGGGAUGCCGUAUGGUGCCUUGGAUGUCCGGCCAGAUUGGCUGUCAGGAGAGGAUCCUCCAUCAUAUACAUUUGACUGA